AUGGAACCAGUUAUUUUUGAUCUUCAUUAUUGUCUAGUAACACAUAUUAUUGUUAUAAUACAUUCAAUAUUUGAAAUGAAAGCUCAACAGUCAGUUCAAAAUUCUUUCGAAAGCCGAACAACAAUUAGUAGUUCAUCAAAUACAUUAGUUGUUUCAAAUAAUAAUAUGAGUUCAUCAACAUCUGUUGUUGGUAGAUCAUCAAAUGAUCCAAAUUUAACUUAA